GAAACCUGGGCCGUGCCGGGAGGGCGCGGGGCUCGGGACGUGCCGGCGAUGUCCCGGCGGCCGGAGGACACAGCGGGGGCGGCCGGCAGGGACUGUCACUAGCUCAUCCACUGCCCUGACUGUUGCCCUUGGAGGAAACCAGCCAUGGGGGAAACGGGUAAAGAAGAGUACAAAAUACAGUCCUUCGACUCUGAGACUCAGAAGCUGCUGAAAACAGCCCUCAAAGACCCCAGUAAUGUGGACCUGGAGAAAGUGGCCAAUAUUAUAGUGGACCAGUCCCUCAAAGACUCUGUGUUCAGCAAGGAGGCUGGACGCAUCUGCUACACCAUCAUCCAGGCAGAGAGCAAACAAGUUGGCCAGAGCAUCUUCCGGAGGAGCCUGCUGAACCGGCUGCAGCAGGAGUACAAGGACAGGGAGGAGCUGCGCACCCGCUCCCUCCAGGCCUGGAUCUGCUACGUCACCUUCAUCUGCAACAUCUUUGACUAUCUGAGGGUGAACAACAUGCCCAUGAUGGCUCUGGUGAACCCUGUGUACGACUGCCUGUUCCGGCUGGCACAGCCCGACAGCCUGCAGAAGGAGGAGGAGGUGGACUGCUUGGUCCUGCAGCUCCACCGCAUCGGGGAGCAGCUGGAGAAGAUGAAUUCCCAGAGGAUGGAUGAGCUCUUCUCCCUCCUCCGAGAUGGUUUCCUUCUGCAGGAGGGGCUCAGCUCCCUGUCCCAGCUCCUGCUGCUGGAGAUCAUCGAGUUCCGGGCUGCUGAAUGGAAGAUGACGGACGCUGCCCAGAAAUAUUAUUACAGCGAAGUGACAGAUUAAUCUCCCGUGGCAGAGGAGUCCCCAGCACCUUCACCAGCAAGCUUUGUACCAAGUUGGAAUUUUUCACGCUAAUUUUCUAGCACUUCCUGUAAAUAGGAUUUAUACUGGCUAGAGCCUCUCUGCACCUACGGUGAGAUGCAGCUGGUGCUGGUCUGACUUUGGAGGUUCAGAGUGGUGGGAAGGGCACACUUGACCCAGCAAAUUCUCCCACUGAUUUUGUCUCAAUAUUGGGCUGCUGCCAGCAAAGGGCUUGGGAGGCUUCUCGCUAACACCAGCAUUUUCUGUGAGUGUUAAGGAAAGCACAGUUUAGGCUGAGAACAUUUUGUUUCACCCCAAAGCCAGCAGAGCUGUGGAAGGCAGCAGGGAAAUCUCCCAGCUCAGGUUGUACCUGUUUCUCUGGGACAGGUCACAGAACACACCAUGGCCUCACAAACAGCUCAACCAAGUGCUUUUUUUCCCAGACUGCUUCCAGCAUGCUGGCUGCACCUGCAUGCACACAGCCUCUCCCACAGCCAGGAAUACCUGCCACAGGGAGUUUGUGACAGGAGAGGUCCCUGAGCACAUGUAGGAACAGGUUUUAUAGGUUUUAUACAAUAACUGCCACUUUUUUUUUAGAAUUUUGCGAGUUUCAGCUAUGGUAUAUUUCUUAU